GAAGUGUGUUGACCACUGCAGGAAUAAAAGAGUCUGUCGAGGAGGCCGACGAUCACUCUCUCCUGACAGAACUCAGCAAGACCCCAACCAUGAGACUUCUCGUCCUGGCCAUCCUGGGCGCCUGCUGCCUGGCCGCAUGCACUGUGGAAGGGGUGGGAAGUGAAGUCCCCGAAAGGAGUGUCUGUGUGAGUCUAACAACCCAGCGGCUGCCAGUGAACAGAAUCAAGACCUACACCAUCAAGGAGGGCUCCAUGAAGGCAGUGAUUUUUAUUACCAAACGUGGCUUCAAAAUCUGCGCUAACCCAGAAGACAGUUGGGUGAAAGCAGCAGUCAGAACCAUAGGCGGCAAGUCCAACACCAGAUGAAGCGGGGACCAGGUCAAGCCUACAGAAGUCCAGUGGUCCACUCAGAAAGCUGUGACCCUGCCCUGAUAGAGGCCUUCCAGGGCACUGUCCCCUCCAUAGCUGGCCAGCCCAUGUCUCUCCACAAACUUACGGACUAAUUAGGUUAUACUCAUCUUUUAUGAAAAUUCUGCAUGAAUAAAUUUAUUUUCUUAUAUGUUUGAAUGUCUUUCAUAUUAAUUUAGUUGCUAUAAUUAAUAAAUAUUUAUUAUUAAGAA